AUGUCAGAUAAUUACAAUGAGUUGUUUAUUAUUGAUUUAGGCUUAUGCAAACCUAUAAGUGAUUUACAAGAUUCUGAUAAUAAAAUUAAUGAAAUUUAUGGAGUUUUACCUUACAUGGCGCCUGAAAUAUUAAGAAAAAAACCUUAUAUUCCAGAAAGUGAUAUUUAUAGCUUUUCGAUAAUAAUGUGGGAAUUUAC